AUGAAUAUUGAAGAACAAGCAAUGAUAUUUUUGACAACAGUUGGGAAAAAUGCGUCAAAUCUUGAUUGUGGGGAGGAUUACCAACAUUCCGGUGAGACAAUCUGUAGAUAUGUCCAUGUAGUUUGUGAUGUGAUAUUGGAGCUGAGGUCAGUCUUUAUCAAGCCACCUGACUUCACUGAUGUUCCAUUGGAGAUAUCGACCAACCCAAACUUCUACCCAUUCUUUAAGGACUGUCUUGGAGCGAUUGACGGUACACAUAUACGUGGGUCGACACCAGUUGAGGUAGCUGAUACGUAUCGAAAUCGUGAAGGGGCAUUGUCGCAGAAUGUGAUAGCCGUCUGCGACUUCAAUAUGUUGUUCACAUAUGUCGUCACUAGCUGGGAAGGAUCUGCCCAUGACGCAAGGGUUCUAAAUUCAGUUCUAGAUGAUCCUGGUUCGGGUUUCCCGCAUCCUCCUCCAGGAAAAUAUUACUUAGUAGAUGCGGGUUAUGCGAACAGAGGUGGGUUCCUCGCCCCACAUAGACAGGUUCCUUAUCAUGUUUCUGAUGUGCAUCGUAACCUUUCUGGACCUAUGGAGUUGUUUAAUUACAGACAUGCAUCGCUUCAGAAUGUUGUGGAGAGGACCUUUGGUGUUUUUAAAAAAAGGUUCCGCAUUCUUGAUGGCAUGAAUAAUUACUUGUUGCAGAAGCAAGCUAACAUUGUUAUGGCAUGUUGUGUAAUUCAUAAUUUUAUCAAAAGGCUCGGUACGAACGACCCUAUCUUCCAAAGGUUUAAUGGCAAUGGAGUUUGUGAGGAAGGAAAUGGGACGGGUUCGAAUCAACUGACUCAGCGUAAUACAGAUGACAUGGGAAGGGUGAGGGAUAGCAUAACUACUGCUCUGUGGGCAGAACAUGAGUCCAACUCGUAUUGA